CUACGGGGUCGCUGAUGAGCGCUCUCGUGGUUCAUUCAGAAGGUUUGCAACUUGUAAACAGCCAGACCAACAAUAUACAGUACCAGGGGCGGACUGACCAUUUGGAAUCUCGGGCACUGCCCGAGGGCCGGGGUCAGUAGGGGGCCCCAUGAGAUGCCUCUGGUACCUUUUUCAUAGGCUUUUUUGAGUUUGGGCAAGGACACAGGGGCCCCAUGAUCCCCUAUUGCCCGGGGGCCCCAUGAGUUGUC